AUGAUGAUGGAGUGGCCUUUCGACUCAAAACGUGAAGGCUUUGAGGCGUAUUUGCUCACUUGGACGUGGUGGACGCAAAACUGGCUGCUCCUGCGUCUCUUUCGGCUAACGCACAGUCGACAGUACAGUAAAGCUUGCCAGCUAACGAUUAACAAUAUAAUAAAACUAAACAAAACUGUGCAUUUGUGCUUUGGCCGCUGGACCCUAAGGACACAACUCCAUAUACUACUGCUCUAUCAUCUACAAUAUGCUUUAACUACGCUGCAAUUCAGAAACAUUUGGGAUCAGCCCUGGUGCCAUACGUACAUUAUACUCCUACUCGAGGUGCCCUUUUGCGCCUACUUUGUCUAUCAGCUGCUGUUGAUGGCAUGGCUGGGAGCUCUGCUCACUAACUUAAGCACAUACUAUCUGAAUCCUCGACUGGGACUCUUUCCAAGUUCUCAGUCGCGUCGUCAGCUAAUACAAUUCUAUCGCGUUUACAUCAGCAUUAAUAGCGUCCAACAAAGAGUUCACAAGCUCUGGCUGCGAGUAUCUGUCGUGCUGUUUGUCUUGUUGCUUCAGCAAACCCAAGAGCUGGCCUCCAAUCUGUAUAACAUGAUCUAUCAUCAGCCCAUAAAUCAAAAGAUCGAAUAUGAAUGCUGUGUUGCGCCAGUGCUAAAAAUAUUUCUGCUCGCCGUCUGCAAUAAACGCAUCAAAAUGCUCAAACAGCAGCUGCGGGAGCAUCUUUUUCGCACUGAGUUUCUGCAUUGGCAUUGGUUCGCAUCUGGUGUGCAAUCAGCUGUGGGCAUACCAUUUGCCAAGAUCUUAAGUCGCAAGGUGAGGUAA